UACAUGACCUCCAAUGAUCAAUCACCACUGGCUUGCUCUGCUGUUUUUAUUUUCCGACAUUCUUUUACGUUUAUGAUCAAGUUCAAAUCAAUAAGAAGUAUUGAUAUUCAAUAUUGGAAAGGCUACCUAUGAACUAACUUCCAAGCUAGACAGUUCGAUAAGGUAGGUAUGGAGUUUCAAAACCCUCUCUAACUAAACCAAUCAGAGUCUCCACCACAUUCACUUUUGUAAAGUCUCAUAUUCAAGGUGCAACUGAAUUUCUAUCAAUAUCAGAAGACAUCGAUCAAUAGCCCAGUCCUUCAGUAUUUACCACCAUUACUUGCCUAGUGUACGCGCCACUGACCUUUACUCAGCGUUGCCCCUCGCCAGAGAACAAAGAAGAAAUGGCAGCCUCUGGGAAGACUUUUAUUGUCGAGCAUCUCGACCCAGAGCUAGGCCCUUGGUCCGAACUCGAAUAUCUGGCCAUUGCACGCGAGACACAAGCGACUCAUGGUUCUUUCAUCCUCUCCAGUUUGCCUUCUACGUUCCAGGUUCCAACAGACCUGGCCAGUAACCCCGCCUUCACUGCUGAGCAGCGUGGUGUUGAGGAGCUCUACGCCGCCAACAAGUCGCGAGUUUGCCUGCUAGAUCCAUCAGCCGCCUUGGAUCUCUCUCCUGAGGAUGGUGAGAACUUUGAUGCCUUCUUGUUUGGAGGUAUCCUUGGCGAUGAUCCUCCUCGAGACCGUACUUCAGAGCUUCGAAAGAAGGGCUUUGAAGGUCGCAGACUUGGCCCCAAGCAGAUGACAACAGAUACGGCCGUCCGGGUUACUCGUAUUGUUGUUCAAGACAAGGGUUCGUUAUCCGCCUAUUAGGCCCCUGCAGCUCGGAAGCUCAUGAUAACCACCAGUGCCACUUGAUCAGGUGCCCUACCUGGACUUCCCUGAGCUCAAAUUCAACGAACACGAGAGUACCGAGAUGCCCUUCCGAUAUGUACAGGGUGAAGACGGCAAGCCUAUCAUGCCCAAGGGCAUGGUCGAGUUGAUCCAAAAAGAUGCCGAUAAGGCCGUGGAUGACCUCUUCUAAACAAAUCAAAAUAAACCAUGUUAUCCACUGUCUGAAUCCAGUUGCUGGGUACAAGACGGACUAUUCUUUGCCAUCGCCAGGGGCUACCUAAACAUCGCUUCAAUAAGUGUGAUUCUUCAUAACAACGCAGUUGGACUGUCAACUAAAGUCUUAUGUAAUGAAUUGUUAGCCAGAUAACUAUGUUUACAUGCGGAUGAAGAUAGCAAUAGAAACUCAAUUUCUAGUCUAUGAACCACGUACAUUACUUUUGGACAGUCUUGAGCUUUGGUUCGCAGUUCACAAUCACCUAAUAAUCCCAGGUUCUUCUAGCUCCUGCCUACUACCUACCUAUUUAGUUCUCAAAUACAUAAUAGCCCAUCAGUUCUUUACUCG